CCCUCUAACCCUACGAGACGGACCUCAAGUUCCAGCUCACACUUACUUCAGACGCUUCCACUCGACAACCUCGGCUCAUCUCUCAUCAUCUCAACCAUUACCGUACAUUCUUCGUCUUGACUGCUGCAAUUGAAGGGUACCGGUACCACCAACAACAGCUGUACCAAUAGUUUCCAAUCCACAAGAAGUGAAACAGAAGAAGCAAUGAGUGAAGGAGAAAGCAGUGGUGAUGAGCUGUCUGGCUUGUCAGGAUUUUUCUUUUAUGUGUUUAUUGUCCAUCCCUGUACAGCAUGGAUUCUGAGGCCAGGACGAUUUGAACGCAAGAAGAGCAUUAUGUAUGCCAUUGCCUUUCUGGCAGCUAUUGCAGCAAUCAAAACAGGCCUAGAAAUGCAACAAAAAGGACCCAACUAUUACAACCUGUUGGGUGUGACACGAGAAUCCAAUCCUCUGGAAAUAAAGAGGGCCUACAAACGCCUCAGUCUUCAACUCCACCCGGAUAAGAAUCCCAGCCCAGAUGCCACUGAUAAGUUUGAUGCUGUCAAGCAGGCCUAUGAUGCCCUCAUGGAUAUGGAAUUCCGUGAAGUAUACAACAAAUUUGGAAAAGAGGGAAUCAAGGCCAACAAACGCUAUGAUGAAACCCAAUUCCUUCUUGAAUUGGCCAUUUUCUACAUUUCCUGGGGUAUGAUGGUUUUCAUGUUGACGCUGGGAAAGCGCAGUGGCGAAGCUCGAAAUUGGUGUUUUACUGGAAUGGUUGUCAUGUUGGUUGUUGAAGUCACCAUGAUGACAUCUUCCACCAAUCCAAUCCCUACUUGGUUAUUCCCAGCACUCACCGAACAUGAAG